AAAAUUUUGUUUACGUUUAUUAAACUGAAAGAAAAAUUGCAAAAAUAUAAAAUAUACGCAGACGCAAAAUAAAACAAAAGAAAUCAAGAAAUAACAGGACGAAAACGUCAAAUUGAAAAAAUUUUACUAGAGAAAUUUUCACUUUUCUAAUAAAGAAAAUUUUCUAGUUAACACGCGAUCUGUUAAUUAGAGUUUUAGGAGGAAUUAAAAUAUACGAUUAAAACAAACUAAUAAGAAUUGUAAAGAGAAAAUAAAUAACUUCAAAGAAUUAAAAAUAAAGCAAAGCCUUUGAUAUUUAAAAGAAUCCAUGGCUACUGGUGGAACAACUAAUAUAGGUGGUUCAAGUGGAGGAAUUAAUGCUACCAAUGUUAAUUUACAAUUAUUACAAACAUUUCAUCAACGUUGUGGACGCCGCAUUACUUUGUCCAAUGGUAACCGUACAGCGACACGUUCUGCUAGAGAUUUUAGCCAUGCAUUGGUAUUUAGUGCAGAGUCUUUGUUAGAUGAUGUUUUGUUUGAAGUGGUUAUAGAGAAAAAGAAUCAUUGCUGGGGUGGUAGUAUAGAAAUUGGUGUUACCUCGGAAUCGCCAGAAAAAUUGGAAUUGCCAUCAUGUGCAACGGUGAUGCGUAAUGGUACUUGGGUUAUGUCAGGCAUAGAUGUGCGCAAAGAUGGUUUGUGUCUGACCGAAUUUUAUGGCACCGAUUUGGAGACUUUAAAUGAAAAUGAUCGCGUGGGUGUUAUGCGUACUUCCAAUAACGAGUUGAUUUUCUAUGUUAAUGGUGAAUCGCAGGGAAUUGCAGCGCGUAAUAUGCCCAAUCCAUUGUGGGCGUUAGUUGAUCUUUAUGGACGAUGUAUUCAAGUCUCCAUAUGCCCGGUUGAUGGAACUGGUGGUGGGGAAUUUUCCGAUACUUCAUCUCAACAUUCCCAACAAGUAGUACAAAAUAUUGAUGUACCAAUGUGUGUGGAUGUUACUGUCACAAGUUCAUUUAAUCCCCAUCCCACAAGUACGCACUCAGAAUCGGCUGGUUCUCUUGCAACAGCUGCUGUACUCUCCUCACUGCCCACUUCAGGAUUUUGCAGUCUCCCAUUGACCAAUGCAGGCACUACAACGUCUUCAAUAUCAUCUUCAGUGGGUGAUUAUUAUGACAUGAACGAUCGUUUAAGAUUUCAUACUCGUUGUGGUUCGCUGGUGAAAUUGUCACCAAAUUGUCGUUCGGCUGAGAGACGCAGACCUUUGGAUGAGUUUAACAAUGGCGUUGUCAUGACACACCGGCCGCUAAAGGACAAUGAACUCUUUGAGAUACGCAUUGAUAAGUUGGUAGACAAGUGGUCUGGUUCCAUAGAGGUGGGCGUAACAACACACAAUCCGAAUGUCUUACACUUUCCGGCCACCAUGACCAAUAUGCGUUCGGGCACUAUUAUGAUGUCGGGCUGUGGUAUUUUGACUAAUGGGAAGGGAACGCGUCGUCAAUAUGGUGAAUUUAAUUUGGAUGAACUACGUGAAGGAGAUCGUGUUGGUAUGAUGCGUAAAUCGAAUGGUAAUUUACACUACUAUAUCAAUGGCCAGGAUCAGGGUGUGGCAGCGACCAGAGUAGCUUCAACUUUAUGGGGUGUUAUAGAUCUAUAUGGCAUGACCAUUAAGGUUACCAUAGUAGAUCGCGAUGAGAGAGAACAACAGAAUUUGGUGACCAGACGUAAUAACUUCAUAUCUUCCAAUGCGGCUGCCGCCAUAGGAGGUUUAGGAAAUACCUUAAUUAAUGGCAAUGGCCUGGGCAAUUCUGCUGCCCCGACGCCAGUUUUAAGUCUAUUGAGUCCAGAAAGUGAGGUGGCUGCCAUGGCAGAUUCUGCUCUUACCGCUCCAGUGGGUAACCAACGCAAUGAUGAUCGUUUAACGUUUCAUCCCUUGUGUGGUUCACAUGCUUGUGUAACACACUCGGGUAGGACGGCUUUAAGACCAAAUGCUUCGGAUGACUUUAAUAAUGGUGUGGUGCUGACAAGAAGACCUUUAAGGCCUAAUGAAUUAUUUCAAGUGCGUUUGGAACGUGUGGUAACCAAAUGGGCAGGCUCCGUGGAAAUGGGUGUAACCACUCAUAGUGCCGAGGAAUUGGAUUUUCCAUUUACCAUGACCAAUGUUAGAGAUGGUACUUGGAUGAUGACCGGUAAUGGUGUUAUGCACAAUGGCAUAACUGUUAUCGAAAAAUAUGGUGAAAACUUGGAUCGCCUGCAGGUGGGUGAUCGUGUCGGUGUAGUGCGCAAAGACGAUGGCACUUUGCAUUUCUUUGUUAACGGUGUCGAUCAAGGUCCAGCUGCCACCAAAGUACCCGAACGUGUUUAUGGCGUUAUCGAUUUGUAUGGUCAGGCUGCCCAGGCUUCCAUUGUCGAUACUUCCGAGUGUAAUAGUCCUGACACGGGAAAUUCCACUAUAUCAAAUACCACUUUAUAUAGUGAAACUCCUUUAAGAUUUCACACGAUACAUGGUAAAAAUGCCAGCAUUUCGAAUAGCGGUUUGACGGCUUCACGACCCAACUCUUUGGCGGAAUUUAAUGAUGCCAUUGUGUUUAGUAAUAGGCCCUUAAGGCAGAGAGAACUAUUCGAGGUUGUACUGGAGACCAUGGUACGCCAUUGGUCGGGUAAUAUUGAAAUCGGUGUGACUGGUUCCCGGCCCGAAGACAUACAACUUGCUGCCAAUGCCACCGAAAUGGAUGCUAAUGAUACCAUUAUUUUGUGUGGUCCCAUGAUUUUCCAUAAUCGUAAAAAAUUGCGUUCAAAUGUUUUGGUGGAUUUGGAUACUUUAGGUGCCGGCGCUAGGGUGGGUGUUAUGCGCAAUGGCGACUAUUUGCAUGUCUAUAUCGAUGGUGUUGAUCAGGGUACGGCUUGUGAGUGUCGUUCACCAAACGUUUGGGCUGUCAUUGAUUUGUAUGGUCAGUGUGCCCAGGUUUCUCUCACCCAAACACCAGUUGCUGAUAUGCGUGCACCUUAUGCUACUAGCGAGAAUUCUCAAAGUUGUCAGGCUACUUCCGUUAUACAGCCGGCUACACUGGAGACCAAACAUCGUUGGACUUGUAUAUCGGGUAAUGUUACUUUAACACAAAACUGGACUGUGGCUUCACGUUUAACGGGUGCAUCGGCGGCUUUAUCGAGAUGUGUGGUAUUUUCAGAGCAUCCCUUGAGUGUGGGCUCACCAUUCGAAAUAAAGCUGAUGUCACAUAAUCCUUUGUUUGCGGGUUGCCUCAACAUCGGCAUUACCGAUCUCAAUCUUUCCGAUGAUAAUGUGCGUAAAAAUAUACCGUUAAGCAUUAAACGUAUACCAGCAAAUGUUUGGUAUGUCUCCGGUAAUGAAGUGCGCUACAAUUCCACACUCUUGCAAAGAUCAAUGACAUCACUAGAAUGGUUGCGUGUUGGAGAUCGUAUAGCUUUAGAAUUGACACCAACUAGAACACUGAGAAUUCUAUUAAAUUCGGAGGAUAUGAACAUACAAUUUCAAAAUGUACCAAAUGAUGUUUAUGUGGUGGUAGAGUUACAAGGAUCGACCAUGGCUGUACAAGUUACAUCAUCACAGGGACCUACAUCUCCUCUAAGACCGUUUAGUUUACGCUUACAAGAUUCUUUAGAAUUUGGUGUUGAUCCUUUAAACAAACAAGAUUCUAUGUUAGAAUCCAUUGAUUCGGAAGCAUUGGUCUAUGAAUUUUCCGAGUAUUAUGGUAAAAAUAUACGUUUAUUGGAAGAUCAUAGAUCGGCCAUGCGUACACAGUCGUAUAAUAAUGCUUUGGUUUAUGUUACAAAACCUUUGUGCAAAGGCGAAAGUAUAAGUAUAAAAAUCGAUGCCAUAAAUACCAAAUGGAAGGGUACUAUUGGCUUAGGUGUGGUGGGACAAUGUCCCAAUUUAACAAACUCGUCAGCUCUACCACCGUCCAUUAUGCAAUGUAAACGUCCUUGUUGGGUGGCCACACAUGAUUAUAUUAAUAUAAAUGGCCAAAAAAUUGCCUCUAAAUAUGGUGAAGCUCUGGAACAUAUACAGCCUGGCACUGUAAUAACCAUGACUUUAACACAUGCUGGCAUGUUAAUUAUUAUGGUUGGCUCUAUAAAUUUGGAAGAUUUGACAGCUGGUCUUUCAAAUCAUGUUUAUCCCGUUUUCGAUCUAUAUGGUAAAUGUGAACGUAUUACCAUUAUUACCGGCAGCGAUGCUGCCCGCAAUGGUACACCAAUUGUUGAAGAAUCCUCAGCUUUAGAGCAUGAUUCUUUGAAUGAUCAAGAUUCAAAUGUGCCGCAAUGCGAAAAGGCCGAUUUGGAAGUACACGAAAAAGAAACUGAACAGCCGUCGGCCGUAAAUAUGAAUGGCGCUUCUUCCACUGCUAUGAGCCGUUCCGUUAUGGAAAGUGUUUCGGAGAAUUUAUUAUUAAAUAUGUCCAUUAAAAAUCGUUCAGUUGAGCAAAGUCGUGUAGAGCCCAGUUCUUCGUCGUCAUCGUCAUGCUGUCUUCGGGAAUCUCUACAACUCCAACACACUACCAACCUCAAUAUACAACGCAGCCAAAGUACACAAAGAUUUUUGUUUCAUAAUGCUUUGAUUGCAUACGCCUACACACCGCCCACUGAUAAUUAUUUAAUAGUUGUUGAUGGUCCAUCGACAUCGUCUGCUACGCCAACCACAACAACGGUUGCAACCAAUCAACAAAACUACGAUACAAAUAAGGAAAUUGAAAAUAUCGAAGAACUAGGAGCUGUUGGUGGUUCUUCACCACGAGAAGAUGUUAGUUGUGAAUCCAAAGAGAAUUUACAUGAGUUAAAUGAAGAGGCCAAUUUGGCUUUGCAGCAACAGCAACGGAAUGAAGAUACAAACUAUGACAAUACCAAUGAUUUAGAACAGGACAGUAAUGCUGGCAAUAACUUGGAAAUAAAUGCCAACCCUGGUACAGCAUCGGCAUCUAUAGCUGUUGUAGUGGCGGAGGAUAAUGAAUAUAGAGAAAAUCCUUUAGAAGCAAAUGAAGAACAAGAAGCUAAUGUGGAAGUUUAUAAUGAUCGUUUGUUGUUUUUGAGACAAUUGCAUUUGCAAAGACGCCAGGAACAGCAGAGAUUACAACAGCAACAUUUCAAUUUGGAAAAUAAUUCUUCCUCAUCGUCUACCCAAUUCGAUAGUAUGCAAUCUAUAGCUUCUAUAGAACGUAAGGAUUGUGAAUAUUUGAAAUUGGUGCAACAAUUCCGUAGCUCUCUUGUACUGCCUGAUACCUUUUUCCAAUCGACCGUAGAACCCAUUUGUUUUUGUACUCAUUGUAAUGCCCAGGCCUCGGAGAAAUUGCAUGGUUGGGUUUAUUUUAAAUUAAAUCAACAAACAGUCAACUCCAACUCAUCCACACAGCAUGCUUUAGAUGCUGAUAUACAUGGUGACUGGUUACCUUUGUUCUAUAUGACUAGGGUUGAUAAAAUACGAGCAAUAUUAGAUCAUGGUCAACCCUUACCCAUGGACACAAAUGGUGAAACUCACAAUCAUGCUUCAGGCAAUCAAAAGGAUGAACCUGGUACAAGACUUGAAUUACAUUUUACACCAAAUUCCACAGCUAUUAUACCCAUAAAUCAACAGCAUAAGUAUCACUACAAUGGCCAGGCCUAUAAAAUCAAUACAGCUUUUGAGGUGUAUGUCAGGCGACAAAGUAUAUGUGCUUCUUCCAAAUCAACAGCAAAUGAUGCCACAAAACUGCAUGAGGCUGAGAGACGUUCGUCUACUUCAGAUGUUGAUCUAGCCUGUUCAUCAUCCUCAAAUACAGCUGGCGGCCAUAAUGCCAAUACAGCUGUAGACAGUUAUGCUGGUCCCUCCACUUCGCUCUCAUCUGCUCCUGUUAUUAAGGAUCAGACAUGGUUCACCAAAGAGGCUGGCGCUUGUGUCAUUACAGCCUUAAUACUCAAACUGGAUAAAUUGUCAUCAUCCGUGACAGCGGCUAAUGAAUUGCAUUAGUUUUGUAAAGUUUUUGAUCUAUUAUUAUACAUGUAGAAAAGUAUAUACUUACAUGGUUAUAAAUUUAUAUAAAUAUACAUAAAUGCUUUAAUAUUUUGUCGUCUAAAUAUAACAUUCUUUUCCAUUUUUGGCACAAAAAGGAGCACUGAUUAGUCUUUAAUUUUGUUUUCCAAGCAAAUAUAUACCUUAAGUUAUAAAUAAAAAUAAUUGCAUAAAUUAUAAAUACAUACACUCUAAAUAUUAAUCAAAAUUGUAAAAUAAAAGAAAUACCAACAUUAAUAAAUUUCGACAAAUUUAAUUAAUUUCGAAGAAAA